GGUUAAAGCUUAAGGUAGAUGAGAUGAUCGAUGGUUAUGUGUGGCGUUAGAGGUUCUCGUGAUUCACGGGAAAUGGUGUUUAGCCAGCAAGAGCUCGGUCUGAUAAUCGACCUGUUCGAUCAGAACCGGAACGAGAAGAAUCAGGUCUCUAUGACACUUAAAAGGAGUUAGUGGUUAAAGUGGUUCUUGAGAUGGAGUCUUGCAAUUGCAUUGAGCCACAAUGGCCAGCUGAUGAACUAUUGAUGAAGUACCAGUACAUUUCAGACUUCUUUAUUGCACUUGCUUAUUUUUCUAUUCCUCUUGAGCUUAUCUACUUUGUGAAGAAAUCUUCAGUUUUCCCGUAUAGAUGGGUGCUUGUGCAAUUUGGAGCUUUCAUAGUUCUUUGUGGUGCAACACACCUAAUUAACUUAUGGACUUUCAAUACACAUUCAAGAACUGUGGCAGUUGUAAUGACAACAGCAAAGGCUUUGACUGCUGUUGUGUCUUGUGCAACGGCCCUUAUGCUUGUGCAUAUUAUUCCUGACUUAUUGAGCGUGAAAACCAGGGAGUUGUUUUUGAAAAAUAAAGCUGCAGAACUUGAUCGUGAGAUGGGCUUGAUUCGUACACAAGAAGAAACAGGCAGGCAUGUUAGAAUGCUUACUCAUGAGAUUAGAAGCACUCUUGACAGGCAUACUAUUCUGAAGACGACUCUUGUUGAGUUGGGUAGAACAUUGGCAUUGGAGGAGUGUGCAUUAUGGAUGCCUACACGUACUGGUUUGGAACUUCAACUUUCAUACACCUUACGUCACCAAAAUCCUGUUGGAUUUACAGUACCUAUUCAUCUUCCUGUGAUCAAUCAAGUUUUUAGUAGCAAUCGUGCAGUAAAAAUAUCUCCAAAUUCCCCCGUGGCAAGACUUCGGCCUACUGCAGGAAAAUAUAUGCCUGGGGAGGUUGUUGCUGUUCGCGUUCCACUUUUACACCUCUCAAAUUUCCAAAUUAAUGAUUGGCCAGAGCUUUCUACAAAACGUUAUGCAUUGAUGGUUUUGAUGCUUCCCUCCGACAGUGCAAGACAAUGGCACGUCCAUGAGCUGGAACUUGUGGAAGUGGUUGCUGAUCAGGUGGCUGUUGCCCUUUCUCAUGCUGCAAUUUUAGAGGAAUCUAUGAGAGCAAGGGAUCUGCUUAUGGAUCAAAAUGUAGCACUGGAUUUGGCAAGGAGAGAGGCAGAAACAGCCAUUCAUGCUCGCAAUGAUUUCCUGGCAGUUAUGAACCAUGAGAUGAGAACACCGAUGCAUGCAAUUAUUGCACUUUCUUCCUUGCUGCAGGAAACUGAACUGACACCAGAACAACGCUUGAUGGUAGAAACAAUCCUAAAGAGCAGUAACCUCUUAGCAACACUCAUCAAUGAUGUUUUAGAUCUCUCAAGGCUUGAAGAUGGAAGCCUUGAACUUGACCUUGCGACAUUUAACCUUCAUGCAGUAUUCAGAGAGGUUGUUCAAUUGGUCAAGCCCAUCGCAUCGGUCAAGAAAUUAUCAGUGACAUUAGUGAUGGCUUCAGAUUUGCCAGAGUAUGCCAUUGGUGAUGAAAAACGUCUUAUGCAAACCAUUUUAAAUAUUGUUGGUAAUGCUGUGAAGUUCUCAAAAGAAGGCAGCAUCUCAGUUGCUGCUUGUAUUGCCAAAACAGAACCUCUACUAGACGCUCGAGCACCGGACUUUUUUCCGGUUCCAAGUGAAAGUCACUUUUAUUUGCGUGUGCAGGUAAAAGAUUCAGGGUCAGGAGUUAACCCCCAAGAUAUUCCAAAAUUAUUUAACAAAUUUGCACAAAAUCAAUCAUUAGCAAAUAGAAAUUCGGGUGGCACUGGGCUUGGGCUUGCAAUUUGUAAGAGGUUUGUGAACCUCAUGGAGGGGCAUAUAUGGAUUGAAAGUGAAGGUUUUGGCAAGGGUUGUACUGCUUCAUUCAUUGUAAAACUUGGAAUCGGGGGGCGUUCGAGUGAGCCAGACCACCGUGUUGUACCUCUGAAUCGUGUGCAGUCCAAUUUUCCAGGACUCAAAAUUCUCCUUAUGGAUGACAAUGGGGUUAGCAGGAUGGUGACAAAGGGUCUUCUCAUGCACCUCGGAUGUGAUGUAACAAUCACUAGCUCUGCUGAUGAAUGUUUGCGGGUUGUUUCCCCUGAAUACAAGGUGGUGUUCAUGGAUGUAGGCUCGCCUGGGACAAGUGGCUAUGAAGUGACAAGACGCAUACAUGAAAGGAUCCCUAAACGUCAUGAGAGACCGCUGAUCAUAGCACUUACUGGGAAUACAGAUAAGGCAACAAAGGAUAACUGCUUGAGAGUUGGUAUGAAAGGUGUGCUACUGAAACCAGUUUCACUUGAGAAGAUGAGGAGUGUUUUAUCAGAACUCUUAGAACGUGGGAGUCUGCGUGAGUCGUAGCAAAUUCUUAUUAAAUUACUAUCAACUCAGAGUUGAGGAAAUCUCCUCCAUGAAUUGAGCCAAGGCUGCUCAUGAGCCGCUGAUCCCGUGUACAUAAUAUGCUGAGGCAUUGAUGGUAGCACAGGAUGAAGUGUUAGUGCUAUUUGUAGCACAUUUCUACUACCUAUGUAAAAAGGGUGAAUUUCCUGCCAA